GAUGAAGAAGUUAACGAAGGUCUUACUGAAGAAGAGAUCUUGGAAAUUAUUGAAAAUGAAAAUAAGGAGAAGAAAAAGGAGAAACAAAGAGAGAAUUCUGUUGAAGAAGUAAAAAUUAGCUAUAUGGAGGCAGAAAAAUAUGUAAACCAAACUUUAAGAUUUUUAUAUGAACAGGAUGCAGAAUUCGGAGAAGUUGAAGAGGAAGUAAAGGUUUUACGAAAGUUGCACAAAAGAGUUAAAUUGAAUAUUAUAAAAAACCUUAAACAGACAGAUAUCAACUCUUUCUUAAAUGCUGAAUAA